AUGAAAUAUUCUCCUUCGGCAUAUUGCACACAUUGCUUUGCUCAUCAAUUACAACUGACUCUUGUAGCUGUUGCAAAGAAGCAUAAUGAGGUAGAUCAAUUUUUUGAUAUUCUUGCUAAUGUUUUAAAUGUUAUUGGAGGUUCUUUUAAGCGUAGGGAGAUGCUUAGAGACGAUCAGGCAGAAAAAUUAAAGGAACUAUUAGUGCUCGGUGAAGUUCAUACAGGAAGUGGAUUGAUUCAAGAACCUAGACUUCAAAGGGCAAGGGAUACACGUUGGAGUUCUCAUUUUAAAACAGUGCGUAACUUUAUUAGUUUAUUCUCCUCAAUUAUUCAUGUACUUGGAGUUCUUGCUAAAGAGGGUUCAAAUUAUCAAGAGAGAUCACUAGCAAAAAGUUUAGUAGAUGACAUAAGAUCUUAUGAGUUUGUGUAUACAUUGCAUUUGAUGUUGAAAGUGAUGGCAAUUACACAUGAUUUGAAUAUGGCCUUGCAAAGAAAAGAUCAAGAUAUCGUAAGCGCGAUGAACCUUGUUGGUUUCACAAAGAGACAAUUGCAAUCUAUGAGAGAGUCUGAAUGGGAUUCUUUGGUAAAAGACGUCUCUUCAUUUUGUGUCAAGCAUGAUAUUGUGAUCCCCAAAAUGGAUAAGAAUUAUGCUCUUGGAAAAUCAAAGCAUAAGAUCUCAAGUGUCAAAUAUUCUCAUCAUUUGCGUGUAGAAGUUUUUAAUACUGUUAUUGAUUUGCAACUUGCAGAGCUUAACAAUCGUUUUGAUGAAGUGAAAAUAUGA